AUGAGGUUCAGCAGUAUCCUCGCAGGCGCUAUACUGUUUGCCAGCAGUGCUAACGCUGUGGACGUGGACCCUAUCAUCAUCAAGGGGUCCAAGUUCUUCUACAAGAGCAAUGACACCCAGUUUUAUAUCAGGGGCGUUGCCUAUCAGCAGGACUAUUCCGGCAGCCAGUCUUCCUCGAACAGCUUCAAGGAUCCUCUAGCCGAUGCCGAUGCCUGCAAGCGGGACGUUCCAUACCUCGAGAAGCUUGGUACCAAUGUGAUUCGUGUCUAUGCCGUCGACCCGACCGCCGACCAUACGACGUGCAUGGACCUUCUCAGCCAGGCCGGUAUCUAUGUGAUUGCGGAUCUCUCAUCCCCGGGGGAAUCUAUUAUUCGUAAUGACCCAAAGUGGGACAGUGAUCUUUUUAACCGAUAUGUCACUGUGGUGGACGCUCUGGCCAAUUAUACCAACGUCAUCGGGUUCUUUGCUGGAAACGAGGUGUCUAAUACGAAGCAGACGACGGGUACCAGUGCUUUCGUCAAGGCUGCAGUGAGAGACAUGAAGGCGUACAUCAAAGCAAAGGACUACCGAACCAUGGGAGUUGGCUAUGCUACUAAUGACGAUUCGUCCAUCCGUGAGAAGAUGGCCGACUAUUUCAACUGCGAUAAUGCGGAGGAGAGCAUUGAUUUUUGGGGCUACAACAUCUACUCCUGGUGUGGAGACUCUAACUACGAGGAGUCCGGUUACUCGACUCGUACUGAUGAGUUCCGCAACUACUCGGUCCCUGUUUUCUUCGCUGAGUAUGGUUGCAAUGCGGUUGAGCCUCGCAAGUUCACUGAAGUCUCAGCGCUCUAUGGACCGAAGAUGGCCGAUGUCUGGUCCGGUGGUAUCGUUUAUAUGUACUUCCAGGAGGCCAACAACUACGGCUUGGUCAGCAUUGAUGGCGACAAGGUAAGCACUAGAGCCGACUACAGCUAUCUUUCCCAGCAGCUGGCUAGUGCUACACCCUCUGGUACCAAGAAGAGCGAGUAUACCCCGACAAACAGUGCUCUUCAGUCGUGCCCACCAGUCAACAGCGAUUGGCUUGCAACUGCGAGUCCUCUUCCACCCUCUCCCAACGGCGACCUCUGUUCAUGCAUGGAAGCCAGCUUAGGCUGCGCAUUGAAGGACACUGUAUCUGACGACCAGAUCGAGAAGCUCUUCGGGACCGUCUGCGGCUAUGAUGUCUGCGAGGGAGUGACUACCAAUGCAACCACCGGCAAGUACGGCGCGUACAGUGUCUGCAGCCCCAAGCAGCAGUUGUCUUAUGCUAUGAACCUCUACUACGAGCAACAGUCCGCCAAGGGCAAGGCCCAGUCUGCUUGUGAUUUCAACGGCGCUGCAUCCACUCAGACUUCCAGUAGUCCCAGUGGCACUUGCUCUGCGCUUUUGAAGGAGGCUGGUUCUUCCGGUACGGGCACUGUUACGAGCUCCCCGACUGGGGUUGCGGGUGCGGCUGGCUCCUCCGGUAGUGCUGCGGCGUCAAGCUCUAAGGGUGCUGCAUACAUGAAUGCUCCCGGGACAGUCACCGUUGGUAUCUGGCAGCUUGGUUUGUAUGUGGUCACUGCCAUUGCUGCCGGUGCUGGGAUGAUUCUCCUGUAG